CGGCUCAUUCCACCAGAGUCAACCCGAGGAGAGCUCAGAGACACCCCCGCGCCCUGAACGCGUUUUCACGUCCCAGCGCUCAUUCCUCACGCGGCUGAAGAACUUUGGGAUAAGUUUCAGUUAAACCCUGAACUCAGCUUCCUGACUCGGGACAACUGGACUUUAAGAGCCGGAGGUUGGAUCGUCUCACCUGUCCCAACCGCCCCCGGUCCUCGGUGCGUCUAGUCCGGCCAGCAGCGGCCCCAGUUUAUUCCAGAUCCAGUUGUCGUCAAGAUGAAGAUGAAGCAGCUCGGAGCUUUGUGUGGAUUCAUUCUGCUGAACCUGGCCGUCCUCGCCACCGCCAGGCCGAAAACAGGUCCCGAUCAGAAAUGUAAGUCCGGUCCGGUGGAUCUGGUUUUCCUCAUCGACAGCUCCCGCAGCGUGAGGCCCCACGAGUUCGAGACCAUGAGGAAGUUCAUGAUCGACAUCCUCGACACGCUGGACAUCGGACCCAACGCCACCAGAGUGGGAGUGGUUCAGUACUCCAGCCAGGUCCGCAGUGAGUUCUCUCUGAAGACGCACGGCAAGCUGGACACUAUGGUGAAAAACAUCAAUGAGAUCAUUCCCCUCGCUCAGGGCACCAUGACGGGGCUCGCCAUCAAAUACGUGAUGAACGCAGCCUUCAUCGCGGAGGAGGGAGACAGGCCAAAGGUCCCCAACGUGGUCGUGAUCGUGACAGAUGGACGUCCUCAGGACCGCGUGGCAGAGGUGGCGGCAGAGGCCAGAGAGAAAGGCAUCGAGAUCUACGCUGUGGGAGUGGCCAGGGCCGACAUGACAUCACUGAGGGCCAUGGCGUCCCCCCCAUUUGAGGACCACGUCUUCCUGGUGGAGUCCUUCGAUCUCAUCCACCAGUUUGGACUUCAGUUCCAGGACAAGCUCUGUGGUGUUGAUCUGUGUCUGGAGUCAGAGCAUGGCUGUGAACACAUCUGUGAGAGUUCACCAGGCUCCUACCACUGUCUCUGUCUGCCUGGACACACACUGAAGGACGACGGGAAGACAUGUGCAGCCAUUGACCUGUGCGCUGAGGGGAAACACAACUGUGAACAGAUCUGCAUCAGCUCCCCUGGUUCCUUCACCUGCGACUGCAACAAAGGAUUCACACUGAAUGACGACAACAGGACCUGCUCAAUGAUCGACUACUGUUCGUUUGGGAACCACAGUUGUGAUCACGAGUGUGUGAGUGUGCUCAACGGCUAUCACUGCCGCUGUCACAAGGGAAACAGGCUGCUGGACGACGGCAAGACCUGCCAGGCCAUUGACCUGUGCGCUGAGGGGAAACACGACUGUGAACAAAUCUGUGUCAGCGCACCGGGCGUCUUCACCUGUGACUGCAGAGAAGGAUACACACUCAAUGAGGACAAGAAGACCUGCACACCCAUUGACCUGUGCGUUGAGGGGAAACACGACUGUGAACAAAUCUGCAUUAGUGCACCAGGCACCUUCACGUGCGACUGCAACAAAGGAUUCAAACUCAACAAAGACAAGAAGACCUGCACAAACAUGGACCUGUGUAACACGGUGGAGCACGGCUGUGAGCACCAGUGUGUCAGCACCCCUGGAUCUUACUACUGUAUCUGUCCAGAGGGACAGCUGCUGCAGGAGGACGGCAAGAGCUGUGGCACCUGCAAGUCUGCCAACAUCGACCUGGUGCUUCUGAUCGACGGCUCCAAAAGCGUCCGCCCGCAAAACUUUGAGCUGGUCAAAAAGUUUGUCAACCAGGUUGUUGACUCCCUGGACGUGUCCACUCACGGCACCAGAGUGGGUCUGGUCCAGUACUCCAGCCGGGUCAGGACAGAGUUUCCUCUCAACAUGUACCACUCUGCUGAUGAGAUCAAAGCUGCAGUCAUGAAGGUUGACUACAUGGAGAAAGGAACUAUGACGGGUCUGGCCCUGAAACACAUGCUGGAGAACAGUUUCUCCGAGGCAGAGGGCGCUCGGCCCGCCAGCCGCAACAUCCCCCGAAUCGGACUGGUCUUCACGGACGGACGCUCCCAGGAUGACAUCACUGAGUUCGCCAAGAUGACCAAAGAAGCCGGCAUCACCAUGUACGCUGUGGGCGUGGGAAAAGCUGUGGAGGACGAGCUUCGUGUAAUUGCGUCCGAACCCGUGGAGAAACAUUUCUAUUACACCACCGACUUCACCGCCAUCAGCACCAUCGCUGACAACCUCAAGCUGAACGUCUGCCCAGAGGAGAGUCAGGGGGAGAUCGAGGUGAAGGACCCGUGUGCCUGUGAGAGUCUGGUGGAGUUCCAGCAGGCGACGAUGAGCAGCCUGGAGCAGCUCACACAGAAACUGGCUGGGAUGACUGCUCGACUGGAGCAGCUGGAGAACCAGCUUCUCACCAGGAAGUGAUCUGGACGUCACAGUGAGCGAACAGGACGCCACAAAGGAAGAACGAGAGAGUGAGGAAGAGGAGGAGGAGGAGGAAGAGGAGGGCACAUCCUAGAGAGAUCAUUUAGAGCAGGAAUCAGAAAACCCUUCUAAUCAAUGGACAAUCCAAAGUGUCUUUUCACAAAGCCUCGGUAGCCUUCAGUAGAUCUGGUGAUCACGUGUAUGAGGACGACAUUUAUCUGACAGCUUGUGAUUAUGAUUCAUUUUUCUGGUACAAAUUUUAAAACACUCAUUGCUUUUAAAAGACAACAACAACAGCGCUAGUUCAAUUGUCACUAAGAUCUCUGCGCAGAAACAGUUUUUACAAGAGUCAAAAAUAAAUGCUUGUAUAAAACAGAUGAAUAUUAGCAACACUACGCAGCUUUGACUGAUCAACAGCGCCCCCUGCAGCCACAUGCUGCUGAUUAACUCUGUUGGGCUGCGCGUCCGAGCGAUGACGAGGUUUUCAUGUAAGACAAAGUCUGAUCAAAGCUCUGACUGCGUCGUCCCACUCAACUGAAACACAACUGAACGCUGGAUAUUACCCAUGAUCCUCUGCUUCCUGAACCAGAAGAGCUGCUGCUGUAACAAAUCCACCAAACUCUGUUCAGAAUUCUUCAUAUUUCAAAGUUUCCUGCUGAAUACUGGAGAUGAACAGGAAGCCUCACCAGAGUUACAGACGCUCAGGGAGUGAAGGAGGAAACUUUCUCCAUGUUCACACUCAAACAUCAAAUUCACAUGAAUCAAUCUGAUGAUUUAAGGUAGAAAGUUGCAGAGUGUUGCCUUAAAUGCAUAUUUGCGCAAACCCCCAGUUUCCAUGUGUCAACCAACAAACAGAGUAAGGAUUGAUUCAAGACCUCGUCUGACGUGUGUUAGCAUCCUCCAUGUAACAUGUUAUCUUACAUCAUCUUUGCAGACAGACACAAACAGGACCACAGACUUGUUGGUAUCUUUGUGAACUUCAUGUAAUCGAUGUUGUGUAGAUGUUUUCGAAAGUCACAAACCAUCUGUUUCCAUUAGUGCCCUAUUUAUACUUGAUCUGUUUUGUACCGUUUGUUAAAUAUGAUGUAUUUAUAGCAUUUUUUUUUACCAACAGUAGACUAGUGAUUAAAAAAGUCGGAGGGCAGAGAACAGGAGUUAGUAUAAUGAAGUGUUGUUACCACUCCCAUUUUUGAUACGAUCAUUGUUUUUUUGUUUUCCAGGUAGAAAACUAGUUUUUAAAUCACAGGCCUGUUCGGCUUUGUAGUGUGAGAACUGUUGAAAACAAAGGGAAGUGUGAAGUUUCACUAUUCACUAAAGCUGUGGUCUGUUGUUGAUUGAGGUGUUCAUAUCAUUAUAAUCAGUAUUUUACUCUGAAUAAAUGACUUUUCUUACAUGAAAUAUUUUUCUUUCUUCACUCUGCACUUUCUACAUUUGGUCUAACAACAGUCUCCACAUGUUUGUUAAAUAAUGAAAUCAGUUAUUGCUCCGUAUGUAUUAAUUCAUUGAUAUGACCUCCUCAACAUUGGUAGAUUUUCUAAGUCUUGCAAUUUUGUAUAAAACAAAGACGACCACAAAUUUAUUCUCCUUCAUAUUUGAACAACUUUUUGUAUAUUUCCUAAUAACUUUACCUUUUUUAUAUUUUUCUGAUGAAUCCCUGUAUUACAGCACAGAAGACAAUAAAAGAGUGAAAUGUC